AUGAAGUGGCGCGCGCUGCAUCUUCUGUCGCUUGUAGUCGCCUCCAGAACGAUCUCAUGCUUGAACCUCGCUGGGCAGCAGCUUACACACAUCAAGUCUCUAGUAGAUCCAUUGGACAAAAGCCUCACUUUUCGCUUUUGCAGUGAUGAUAGCGUUGUUAAGACCGUAUCUGCUGCUGCUCUCGGUCAAGAGACAGUUCUGUUUUUGCAGAACAACACGCUGACGAAUGUCCCUGUCGCACUCUUUCAUGCCGCACACAAUGUCGUGAACAUCGACAUUUCGAAUAAUCCGUUGACAGAACUGCACACACGGUCGUUUGCCAACAUGCCGCGUCUACAAAAAGUCAGGUGCACGAAUACAGAGAUUACAACGAUACCCACAGGUCUUGCAAAUGACUGUCCGUUGCUUUCUACCGUGGUAUUCGACCAAAGCACUGUCCGUGUCGUUGAAUCGCGAGCGUUUGUGAACUUGCCGAAGCUCGAGUCGAUUUAUUUACAACGGAAUAAUGUGUCAGCUGUUCGUGGUGAUGCGUUCGUCAACUCGCCGGCGUUGCAUACGCUGGAUGUUAGCUACAACGAGCUGACGUCGGUUCCAACCGGUCUGCUUACGGCGUCAACCUCGUGGAAAGCACUAGACUUUUCACAUAACGAAAUUGUAGACUUACCUUCUGGUAUUCGAAAGGCUGUUGCUAAAGGCUACAUCUCUUUUGAUUAUAACGCAUUGAUGGAAAUCGACGAGGGGGCCAUGGCUGGCGCGUCCAACAUUAACGAGCUCCGACUGGCAUCCAACAGCAUCUUUACGAUCAAAUCGAGAGCAUUUGCGGGAAUGUCGGCUCUCAGAACAUUGAACUUGAGCGACAACGUCAUCUCGGUUAUCGAUGAAGAUGCGUUUGAGGGCGUAGACGGGCUGAAGAACCUCAGGCUGGACGCUAAUAACAUUCACCGACUGACACUGUCGUCUUUUCCGACCAAUCUCGAGCGCUUAGAGCUUCAAGACAACAUGAUGGAUCUCAUGCCUGGCUUGCCUGAUAACUUCGAGGCGUCACGCCUGCUGCAUCUAAAUCUGAGCCGUAACUACCUAUGGUCGAUCUCGACUAAUGAUGCGCUCGCUCCUUAUACCGGACUCGUGACGUUGGAUCUAAGCAACAAUCGUGUCGUCCACUUCAGCGCUGCCGUGUUUGACCCGAUCAUGUCAACUAUUAAGGCAAUGAAUUUUGACUCCAACCUCAUCACUUCCAUUCCCAGUACGAACUUCAUAGCCCUUGUGAAAAAGUUGCGCACAAACGUCACUGUAUCAAACAAUCCUGGUAUUGGCUGGUCAUCGGAUCUGGAGAUGCGCAAUGAUUGUCCGAAAGGCAGUGUCUUUGAGGAGCUCAAUCUGUCAUCUUCUUCGGAAAUCGAAUCUGCCAAUCGUGCGAACCUUUUCGGCUGUAUCCAGUGUGUUGCCGGUACUUUUCAUGACAAUGCCACAGGAACUUGUAUGAACUGCAGUGAGGUAUCAUCUCGUGCUUACUCUGUGGAAGAUGGUGCAACUGAGUGCUUGUACUGUCCGUACUCGUCAGACCUGGUGUAUGGCCGCACAAUGUGCAAAGAGUUUGAGUGCAAUAUUUCGUGCUGGGUCACGUUUUCGAUAGGAAUUGCAAUGCCGGCGAUGCUUUUCGGUAGCAAGCUUUUGCUGUAUAUCAUCAUGAAAAGCUCAAAGCGCAAGCGCAAUAUGAACAUUAAGGAGCAAGAGGCGCUGAACGACUGGCGCAUGGGACUCAUGAUGUAUCAGCUGGCUGAGCCCGCAAGUUUAACCAGCUCGCUACUUGAUGGCGAUGUCGAUGAAGAUACAUCCGAGCACGGCAAGAUGCCAGUGCGCAUCUACGAUCUCCCGGAUGAAACGAAAGAUGUGGUGUUAAUCACUUUGCGAGAUUAUUUCCAGAUCCGAAAAGAAAAACGCUGGCGCGCGCUUCCUGCAGAUACGCGAGAGGCAAGAAGUGAAUGGAAUGAUGUUGAGUGGGAAACGUUUCAUAUGCACCGGAUUCUCAGUCGCAGUUAUCACGGUGAGGUCUUUCUGGGAGACUACUGCGGUACGCAAGUGGUUGUGAAGCGCAUGAUGACACUGCGCUUUGAGGUCAAGGAACUCGCUGACACUAUUAAAGAUGUCGAGCUGGUGAGCAUGCUGCAUCACCCCAAUAUUGUUACUUGUCUGGGUACGAUGUGGUCAAACCCCGAGCACCUGUGCGUAAUCUCCGAGUACGUAAAGGGCGGUGACCUGGCAGCCAUACUUGAGGUAGACGGGCUGAGCCGUCUUCACGGAUGCACUCCCUCGAUGGCCCGUAUGACAGUGUCAUUACCAACGGAUAACGGGCGGAGAGGGAACGACGAAACCACACCAUCACAUGGUGUGGUGACUGGAAUGUCGAAGUCACUGCUGACAGUGUGCGUUCAGAUGGUUUUGGAUGUUUGCAAGGCGCUUGCGUACAUGCACAGUAUGCGUAUAUCCCACAGUGAUCUGCGGAGUCGAAAUGUUAUGGUCUCGGAAUCGUACCGAUGCAAAAUUGGCGACGCUCGUCACCACGGACGAGGUGGCAAACAUUUCGCGACGCGUGUCCUUCUCGUCGAAAGUCAGGCGAGUCAGGAAUCCGAUCCAGAUGAGAAUGAUUCCGAGAACGGGGCGAACUUGGAAGGUGUUCGGUUUCUUCGGCCGGAGAAAAUCGACUAUCAAAACCAGGUUGGCUCAGCACUGCCGCUCACGGCACCGGAGGUGGUACAUCACCGCUCACGUAACAUUCACGUCGAUAUUUAUAGUGUUGGGAUUUUGCUGCUGGAGUUGUGGUUUCACAAGUACAUUUUUUUUCGGAAUGACGAACCGAACGAUGAGCUCAAGGCCCGAAUUCGGACGAAAAAGUUGCGGCUCAUUGUCGAUGGUGCCAACGAAGCAAAAACCGGAACAGCCAAUGAAGAUGAGCUGGCCCCACCUAGGACUGCCAGUACCGUCCAGAAGCACGAAGAGCACAACGCCGUAGUGCAUUCUUUCAUGAGCACGUUACGCAUCCGUGUGGAAACGGACGGUACUAAUGCGGAGCCAGACAGCAGCAAUUUUGGUAGUACCUCAACAAGUGCACCGAUGUAUCCUGCUGCUUCACUAAUGACAUCGCUCUCCUCAUCAAGUGAAAUGACAGACAAAGUGUCUGCAGUUAUUCGAGACUGUCUCCAAAGUGAUCCAAGGAAGAGGCCGACCGCUAGCAAGCUCGUGGACCUGUUCCAGUUUCUUCUUGACAAGAUAAGCGCUUCCUAG